GAACAAAGAAGAGGAGGCAGUCCUCUCGGCCGUCGGUCACGGGGUGGGCCAUGUGAACGACGCGGGCGACGGCCAUCUGAGCGAGCCUGAUCUGCAGCCUGUUCCAGGCUCCGGUGGGUGCCCGCCCUCGGCAGACGCGCCAGCGCGGUCCCGGGCCAGCAGCGGGCGAUGGUGGCUCUCGCUGGAAUCCUGGGCGCCUGGCUCACGCUGGCUGCGUGUUGUCGCGCCGCCACUACGGAGACCGAACUACCGAGGCCAGCAGGCGCCUGCGACGAGACCAGCUUGGCGGCCAGCCUGCGGGAGUGCGACGCCAAGUUUGGCCCAGCCAGCGCACACGACAUCGAGCUCAAGGCGAAGACGGUCUGCUCGGCAGUCGGCGAAUACAAGGCGUGCCUGCUGAAACUGACGCGAGUUAGUGGAUGCGGAGACGCUCCGCCACUCGCCAGACGACUGCAACGAAUGGAUAAGUUCGUGCAAGAGCAACUGCCCUGCGUUGCGCAUGCCAACGUGUCCUCACAACUCGUAAUGGAGGCACCUCUGGCGAAUCGAGACGCAUGUGCGAAACAUGAAGUGUGGAAUAAGCAGUUCCUGUGCGCCAGAAGCUUCCACGCCGAAGUGGAGGAGUUACAAGAGCACAGAGGCGAUCAGUCAAACGAAAUUUGCAGAGCUGUGGAGCGCUAUCGCAGCUGCCUGGACGCCGCGCUGCACGGCGAAUCCUGCGAUGAGGACGCCGAACUCGGGAGACACGCCAAGUACUUUCGCAACGUGCUCACCUUCAAGUACAGCGACCUCUGCCCCGCGGAGCUGGGGCUUCCUGCUCUAAAGCCCAGAGUAAAGGUUCUCCGAGCAAUGGGGGCCGCGAGUGGCAGCUCGGCGGAGCAGUCGUGUCAGGAGGAAAAGGCCACCAAGGAGUUCUUCGCCUGCGGCCUCCUCUUCAACGUCAUCGUGAGCAAAAGUUCGCCCAAGGAGAGGAUCUGCAAGGCGUACAAGAACAUGGAGAAGUGCACCAGGGACCUGCAGUGUGCGAACGCCGCGGCCACCUUCAACGUUCACUCCAUGCGUGUGAUGGAUGUGCUCCUGAGCCCGUACGACAAGUACUGCCGCGGCUUCGUGGGUUCGGACAUGAUGAACCGCACCGUGCCGCCACCACCCGCGCCCACGACCCCACCGGUAUGCGACGAGGAGCUGUACCUGCAGCAAUACUUCGAGUGCGGCCUCAUGUACAUGUUCGGCUUGCCCGGCGCGAACGAGACCGAGUUCAUGACUAACACGAGCCUUAUCUGCGCCCUCAUAGAUCGCCACAAGGUGUGCGUGGACAACGCCAGGAAGAUUAGCAACUGCCCAAAUGGCAUCCCCGUUCAAAAUAAUCUUGACUACUUCGACAACGAGCUUCGGAAGGCUCCGAAGGAGAAGUGCUCCGCCUUGGCGGCAAAGCGUAACGCGCGAAGACGAUUCCGGAGUAGUACGGUGCCGCGCUGCCACCUCCGCGAGUACGCUGGGACGUACUUCACGUGCGCCACGGUGUUCCUGGCGGCUACGUUUCCAGACCCGCCGGCGGUUGACGAACUCUGCAGGUUGCUCGCGGAGUUUAAGAAGUGCGUCGCGAGCCUCAUACCGUGCCGAACGGACAGCGACCUCACGCCGCGGCUCGACUUCUUCUCGUCAGUACUGACUGAGGGCUACGCGGAGAGCUGCAAAGGUCGCAACAUCAGCGGCUUUUGUGACAGGUUCAUUCUGCUCAAGGACUUCUUCUCCUGUGGCAUGACGUAUUACCAGGCACACGACGAGUUUGGCCGGUCGUAUCUUCUCACCAAGCAACACAGCUGCAAGCUCAUCGAAGAUUACGGCAAGUGCGUCUACGAAAAGGUGUUGAAGAACUCUUGCGAAGCGCUGAAGGAGCUCUUCAGCAACAUCAGAGACGUGCGCAACUACAUAGUCAAGGUGUUUAACAAGAAGCACAAGGUGUCCUGCUCCCUGCCAGCAGGUAUGCAAAGGCAACGCGGGCCCGUUCCCGCACGCCAGAGCUCGUGCGACGAGUUCGCAGCCGUGAGGAAGCUGCUGCUGUGCGGCGUCUCCUUCCACCGGAUGCUUCCAGCGUCCAGCCCUGCUCAGAAUGGUUCCUCGUCCUCGGAGUUGGCUAAAGUGGACGACGGGGAAACUGCAGCGCUGUGCCCGUUGGUGAAGGAGAUGAAGUACUGCAUGUACUCGGCUACCAAAGAUUCUGGGUGCGCGGAGUCGCUGUUCUUCAACACGGAGGUGUCCCUGCUCAGGAGACGACUGCUCGCGGAGUUCGAAGGCGUCUGCGAUGAUACGCUGCCUUGGAAUGAAAGCAGCACCGAUUCGACAAGGAAUCGUCAAGGAUGCGAGCUCAAGGAGUUCACCCAAGAGUGGGAGACGUGCGAGGCAGCCAGAGCUAACAAAGUGGCCCACAAGUAUCGAAAUGGCACAGGUCCACCAGGCAGGGCUACCAUGAGCGAACGUCCGCGAACUAGGUUUUGCAGCGACAUCUCUGGCUUCCUGCGGUGCCUGCGCGACUCGGCCGGCAGACACCACUGCCCGGCGCUGGCGCCCGGUGAAUCAAACUCGGGACACAACGAGCUGUUCGAGCGGCUCGGGUACAUGGCUUGUUCCUCAUCCGCCUGCUCGCCGCUGGGCAACCGUUGGGCUCUGAAGCUCGUGGUGUUAGCUGGCUCAGCGCGCUUCGUAGCGCGUCAACCCCCUGGCUGGCGGUAGCGUACAACGACCGGCGGCAAUAAAGAGAGACGCAGCAU